UCAAACUUUAACUGUGAGCACAAAAUAUCAGAUAAACUUAAUGUCCUCUUCCUCUUAAACACAGUCCCCUCUGCAACUUCAUGUCUUCCUCUAUUCCUCUCAGUUUCAACCUUCAUCCCUUCUACAGACGAAUUCCUUCCGACCCCAAUCUCACUCCAUUCCCAAUCUCCAAAUCCUCUUUCAAUUCUCUCUCUAAAUCUCACUUUUGUUUCUCUCUCUCAUCCUCAGACAGUUCAAAUUAUGAGAGAGAAGAGUCGCGGUGGUUGCGCGAGGAGCAACGGUGGCUUCGCGAGGAGCAGCGGUGGCUCCGCCAGGAGUCGCGGUGGGACGCCGAGCGCGAAUCGCUGCUCCGUGAAAUUUCUGCCCUAAAACACCGAAUUCAAGAGUUGCAGCGCCACGAUUCAAUUCAAGGAUCUUCGGCUUCCGAGACGGUUUCGAAUAUCGCUGCCAUGUUGCAAGCGUUGAAGAAGACGGAGGCGGAUGUGGUGAAGAAGGUGAAUCGGAUUGCGGAGAGCGGGUCCAGUGCGGUGCCGUUGGUAGUGGAGGCGGCGGAGAAUGGAGUAGUGGAGGAGGAAGUGGUUGUGAAGGAAGUGGUUAGGGUUUCGGAGACAGAGAGGAAGGAGAAGAAGGAGGUGAAGAAUCGGGCGACUUUGAGAAAGGGAUCGGAAGGAGACGACGUACGAGCGAUGCAGGAAGCAUUGCAAAAGUUGGGAUUUUAUUCUGGCGAGGAAGAUAUGGAAUUUUCCAGCUUCUCAAGUGGGACUGACCGCGCUGUAAAAACUUGGCAAGCCACAUUAGGCGCCCCUGAAGAUGGGAUUAUGACUGCAGCACUCCUAGAAAGGCUAUAUAUGGAGCAACAAAUUGUGCAGUCCGGAUUGACUGUCAAUACAGAUCCAAAGGAGAAUACAAAUGGAGCUGCAUUUGCUUCCGUAACAGAAUUAUCAGAAAUUCAGCAGAUGGUUGUCAAAGAAGAUGGAGUUGCAGAAGUUGAUUUAUCUGAAAGGAAAGUUUAUCUUCUUGGAGAGAACAGGUGGGAAGACCCCUCUAGGCUUACUGGCGGUAACAAACAGGUUGGUGGAGUCAAGAGCAAGGAUGCUACAACAAAAUGUCUUUCCUGUCGUGGAGAGGGCCGGUUAUUAUGUACAGUGUUGUUGCAGAAUGUGACGGGACUGGUGAGCCAAAUAUUGAACCACAGUUUAUGGAAUGGGUAGAUGAAGGAUUAAAAUGUCCAUACUGUGAAGGCCUGGGAUACACAAUAUGUGAUGUAUGUGAAGGGAAAACGGCGGUUUAAGUAUUUUAUAUAUAUAUAUAUACUCGCACUAACCUUAAUUGUGCUAAUUCAUAUAUCUUAGUCAUUAUUAAUAGUGAUGUAUCAUGCUGAAUACAAAUGUACAAAUUGGAAAUCUUAACUAUUUUACGGCAAAAUAAUCAAAUACACAUCUUACCUCGCUCA